AUUUUGUUGAAUACAGUUGCUGAAAACUUCUUACUCGGCGUAUAACGUGUUAAGUGGCACGGAAUAGCAACGUUCAUGGAUCACUUCGAAGAAACAAUAAUUAUCGACCCUUGUCAAAUAUAUUUAGGAUGGACAAUAAUAUGAGCAAUUAAUGAGAAAUUCACGUAUAGUGCACUGGACGUAUGUACAUUGAAAAAAUUUUGAGUAACAAUGAAUUCUCAAGAAUAUCCACCAUUUCACAUACGAUUUCUAGCAUUUCUUUUAAAUAAAACUUGUACGCAAUAAUUGUUUUAUUACUAAAUGCAUAAUAUCAGCAGUGAUCCCUAUGUCAUUUAGUGUUUUAAUUAGAAAAUUAUUAAAAAUACUUUCGUUCCAUUUUCUCGCUUUAUCACGAAAGAAGGAUUAAAUUGAGAGUAAACUGAUAGAAGAAUUGACAGACUCGAUACACGAUGCUUCCUGGUCAAGUUGCCUGUUUCGACUGACUCGCCGAAGAAACAUACAUUGCUAACUGUUUCAUUAUUCACGGCUCGAAGAAUGAACCGCUGACCCUUCUGCAAGAAACACUAGCUAAACGUUCAUCAGUACAAAAUAUCUUUAAGUAAUUAUGUUAGAGACAAAUGUAACAGGUAUCAUUAAAGAAAAAUAUCAUGUCAUAUGUCUCCUAGCAUUAUAAUGACGUAAGAUGAACAUAGGAAGAGGAAGCUAUGCGGGUAAAUAACCCUUUUAUAAUUGAUAAACUCUUGCUUAUUGUAGGGAUACAAAUAAUAUGAACACUCUAUGGUCGUACGUUGUUCAAUUCACAUUUUCAACCAACAGUAUUUGCAUUACUGUCAAAGAAAGGAGUGACUGAGCUUCAAAAAUAAAAUUAAAGUGUGGCAAAAAGUGUCUAAACUAUGAUUAUUGUAUAUCUGAAGAAAAGCAACAAUCGUGAGAACACAUGAGAAGAAAAAUAUCGAAGGAAAAAAAUUAUUGAUAAUUCUUUUUUCAUUGAAAAUUGAAUCGAGUGCGAUGCAAUUGUUGCAGAUGAUAUUUCAGCUACUAGCAGUGUGCGGUUGUUGGCAACCACCCUCUUCGGCAACACCCUUCAAAAAAUUUUUCUACACCGUCUAUACUGUGAUUCUAUUUAUAUUGUUAAACGCUAUAACAUUUUUACAAUGCCUGGAUUUGAUACUGGUCGUGGAAAACCAAGACGAAUUCAGCGAUAACAUUUAUCUAACGUUGACGAUGAUGGUUUCGUGUCAUAAAAUGUGCAGCAUGUUACCGAGCCAAAAGAACAUAACUGUUUUAAUUAAUAUCCUGGAGAAGAAGCCUUUUCAACCGGAAAAUGAGAAAGAGAUGGAGAUUCGUAAGAAAUUCGAUAAGAGAGCCCACUGGCAAGCAUUUCUUUAUUUAGCUGUAACUCAAUCGACAGUGAUAUUUUACUCAAGCACAGGGGUUUUCAAAACUGAUGCUAUGAAGUUGCCCUACAGAAUGUGGCUACCUUUCGAUUACCUUCCACUUUACCUGCACAUCAUCAUUUAUUUUCUACAAGUUGUAACUUUAGUCGCUGGAGCAGUAGUGCAUAAUGCCUGUGACGCUUUAAUAUGGGGUCUGUUCAUUCACACUUAUUCUCAGCUUGAGAUACUUGGAGCUCGUCUGAAAGCUAUCGAGCAAGGAAAUAAUCAGUCCGCAAAAGCGUCUGCUCGUUACCAUAAUCGAGUCUAUCGAUUCGCCAGAAUGAUAAAUGAAGAAUUUAAGAUGAUUAUUUUUGUUCAGUUCACCGUAAGCACGUUGGUGGUGUGCUUCACCCUUUACACACUGGUAACAACGAAUGAUGUGAAUGUAACAUUUUUGAAAAUAAUAAUGUACUCGUGUGCUAUGCUGGUGCAAAUAUUCUUCUUUUGUUGGUACGGAAAUGAAGUAAAAUUAAAGAGCAUUGGAAUUUCUGAUGUGAUAUUCGGAAUUGACUGGACACAAAUGAACAAUGACACUAAAAGAAUCCUCUUGAUGAUUAUGAGACGUGCCACACACUCUAUUGAAUUCACUAGUUUUCAUGUUGUGUCUCUGAAUUUGGAAUCAUUCGUAAACGUGAGUAAAUGCGUGUUAACACGCAAACAUUUGUUAACACUUUGGAAAAAGGUUUCAACGUAUUUUCAAACGUCAAAGUAUUAACGAAUUAUCAAAUUUUCUCUAUCACAGUUACUUAAAACUUCUUACUCGGCGUUUAAUAUGCUUCAAAGUGGCCAAGGAUAAUACCUAGGACCGACACGAAUCACUUUAUCAUAGAUGCAUGGACAUUCCCCGAAUUGAAAAAAACUACUCGUUAAAAACACAUAAAACACACAACGAAACCAUGUAAAAGCGGGUAAUAAUAAAUUGUUUAGAACAGCUGUUUCAUACUUACAAAAAGUAACCUGUCAUCGACACUUCGAAAUUAUUUGAAACAUGCUUCAAACUAUUUACCAUUGUUUCCUGAUGAAGGAGUCAGCUGCAAUAUUCUAAUCCUUGCAAACUGUC